CCAGCGCAGCCCCAGCGGCGGCUUUGGGGCUGCGGCUCCUGCCCGGCGCCGGCCAUGGGGCGAGUGGCGGCAGCUGCGGCCGCACUGGUGGCACUGGGAGCCCCCCCUGGGGCGGGCGCGGAGCUCCCGGGAGUUUUCCAGCAUAUGCUUAAGGGCGAGUGUUACUUCAUUAACGACACGGAGAAAGUGAGGUUGGUGGUGAGAGACUUCUACAACCGGGAGGAACUCGUGCGGUUCGACAGCGACGUCGGGGUGUAUGUGGGGUUAACCCCCCACGGGAAGAUACGUGCCCGGACCAGGAACAGCGACGCGGAAUGGAUGGAGAGAAGACGGACUGAGGUGGACACGUACUGCAGGCGCAACUACAAGAUCUCAUCCCGCUUCCUCGUGGAGCGCAGAGUGCCCCCCAGCGUAUCCAUCUCGCUGAUGCCCUCGAGCUCCCAGCCCGGCCCCGGCCGCCUGCUCUGCUCCGUGAUGGAUUUCUGUCCUGCCGAGAUCCAGGUGAGGUGGUUCCAGGGCCAGCAGGAGCUCUCGGAGCACGUGGUGGCCACCGACGUGGCGGCCAACGGCGACUGGACCUACCAGCUGGUGCUGCUGGAAACCCACCCCUGGCGCGGGGUCACCUACACGUGCCAGGUGGAGCACGUCAGCCUGGAGCGCCCCCUCAGCCGGCACUGGGAGAUUGCGCCGGACGCCGCCCGCAGCAAGGUGCUGACGGGGAUCGGGGCCUUCGUGUUGGGCUCGGUCUUCCUGGCGCUGGGGCUCGGCUUCUAUCUGAGCAAGAAGGUUCGGGGGGGUGCCGGGGGUCGUGUCCCCCCUGUCCCGGAGCGUGUGCGCUCCCCGCGGGUCCCCCAGCUCGGUACGCGAGAUCUCAGCGGUGCCCAUGGCGAGGGCUCGCCCGAUGCCAGGAACCCCCCAAAGCCGCUCUGUCCCUGCCCCCGGCAGCCGCACAGGGGACAGAAAAUGGAACCGAGGGUUCCUGGCUGGGGAUAA